AUGCACCAUACGACAGCAGGAGACAGGUAUCAUCCCAAGCACCCUACAACAGCAGGAGACAGGUAUCAUCCCAAGCACCCUACAACAGCAGGACACAUGUAUCAUCCCAAGCACCCUACAACAGCAGGAGACACGUAUCAUCCCAAGCACCCUACAACAGCAGGAGACACGUAUCAUCCCAAGCACCCUACAACAGCAGGAGACAGGUAUCAUCCCAAGCACCCUACAACAGCAGGAGACAGGUAUCAUCCCAUGCACCCUACAACAGCAGGAGACAGGUAUCAUCCCAAGAACCCUACAACAGCAGGAGACAUGUAUCAUCCCAAGCACCCUACAACAGCAGGAGACAGGUAUCAUCCCGUGCACCCUACAACAGCAGGAGACACGAAUCAUCCCAAGCACCCUACAACAGCAAGACACAUCCUACAACAGCAGGAGACAGGUAUCAUCCCAAGCACCCUACAACAGCAGGAGACAGGUAUCAUCCCAAGCACCCUACAACAGCAGGAGACAGGUAUCAUCCCAAGCACCCUACAACAGCAGGAGACAGGUAUCAUCCCAAGCACCCUACAACAGCAGGAGACAGGUAUCAUCCCAAGCACCCUACAACAGCAGGAGACAGGUAUCAUCCCAAGCACCCUACAACAACAGGGGAAGGUAUUAUCCAAGCACCCUACAACAGCAGGAGACAUGUAUCAUCCCAAGCACCCUACACAGCAGAGACAGGUAUCAUCCCAAGCACAGCAGUAUCAUCCCAUGCACCCAUCCCAUGCACCCUACAACAGCAGGAGACACGUAUCAUCCCAAGCACCCUACAACAGCAGGAGACAGGUAUCAUCCCAAGCACCCUACAACAGCAGGAGACAGGUAUCAUCCCAAGCACCCUACAACAGCAGGAGACAUGCAGGAGACAAGUAUCAUCCCAAGCACCCUACAACAGCAGGAGACAGGUAUCAUCCCAAGCACCCUACAACAGCAGGAGACAGGUAUCAUCCCAAGCAGGAGACAGGUAUCAUCCCAAGCACCCUACAACAGCAGGAGACUGAGACACAACAGCAGGAGACAUGUAUCAUCCCAUGCACCCUACAACAGCAGGAGACAGGUAUUAUCCAAGCACCCUACAACAGCAGGAGACAUGUAUCAUCCCAAGCGCCCUACAACAGCAGGAGACAGGUAUCAUCCCAAGCUACCUACAACAGCAGGAGACAGGUAUCAUCCCAAGCACCCUACAACAGCAGGAGACAUGUAUCAUCCCAGGAGACAUGUAUCAUCCCAUGCACCCUACAACAACAGCAGGAGACAGGUAUCCAAGCACCCUACAACAGCAGGAGACCUACAACAGCAGGAGACACAGGUAUCAUCCCAUGCACCCUACAACAGCAGGAGACAGGUAUCAUCCCAAGCACCCUACAACAGCAGGAGACAGGUAUCAUCCCAUGCACCCUACAACAGCAGGAGACAGGUAUCAUCCCAUGCACCCUACAACAGCAGGAGACAGGUAUCAUCCCAUGCACCCUACAACAGCAGGAGACAGGUAUCAUCCCAAGCACCCUACAACAGCAGGAACCAUGUGUCAUCCCAAGCACCCUACAACGCCAGGAAACAUGCAUCAUCCCAGCACCCUACGUAUACUACACCAGGAAACACGUAUCGCCCUCCGCACUUCGGCACCAAGCUACAAUAGUGACCUCCCCGUGCAUCAUCGCACCAAUGUCUGCCAUCCUAAUGCGCUACUUCAUCAAGUGGUUGUGA